AUGUUAACCAUCACAGUUGUUGCUGUUGAUUCGAUCAACUUUGAUCUACUUGAGGUUGCUCCCGCCCUGAUUGCUCGAUGCAGUGCAGCAAUCUCAUUUCUUGCCAUACGAGAAGACUUCCGCGAUCUCAUCGUCGUCGUCGUCGCCGCCGUCGUCGUCGUCGUCGGAGCCUGCUCGGCUCGUCGUCGUCGUCUCUGCCAUUAG